GUGUCCAAGAUGGAGACCGAGCGAUUUGGUAUCUUCUCAGUUAGCUAGCAAGCUGUUUACAAAUUUCUCAAUAUGGCAAACAAGGCAGGUUGCCGGACGUUUUAAAAGCGGAUUGUGAAAGUAACAGCUCAGCUUGAGAUGCGUUUUGGCGUCUUUUGAUCACAAUGAGGUAAAGUUAUUUGUAAACAAAGACCACCUGAAGAAUAUUUAACAUAAGAGGUAGCCAGAGUAGAAAACUGUCAAUGGUCAUCACCACAAGCCCAUUUUGAGAGAGAGGAGAUCGAUAUGGCCCUGAGAGAGUUAAAAGUUUGUCUCCUGGGGGACACUGGAGUUGGAAAGUCAAGUAUUGUUUGGAGAUUUGUGGAGGACAGCUUUGACCCAAAUAUUAACCCCACAAUCGGGGCUUCCUUCAUGACGAAGACGGUGCAGUACCAGAAUGAGUUGCACAAGUUCCUGAUCUGGGACACAGCUGGACAGGAGCGGUUUCGUGCUCUAGCACCGAUGUACUACAGAGGUUCAGCUGCGGCCAUCAUUGUUUAUGACAUCACAAAAGAGGAAUCAUUCCAAACCCUGAAGAACUGGGUGAAGGAGCUGCGACAGCAUGGUCCUCCUAAUAUUGUGGUCGCCAUUGCUGGAAACAAAUGUGACCUUUCAGACGCCAGGGAAGUGCCAGAGAAAGAUGCCAAGGACUAUGCUGACUCCAUCCACGCCGUUUUUGUAGAAACAAGCGCCAAGAAUGCCAUUAACAUCAACGAAGUGUUUAUAGAGAUAAGUAAGCGCAUCCCCGUUGCUGAUGCAGCAGGAGGAGCUUCAGGAAAAGGUUUCAAACUUGGACGCCAGGCCUCAGAGUCUCGCAGGACGUGCUGCUGAUGAUGCCGAUUACUGUCCCCACAUGACCUGUAAUCUUAUCUUUGCUUUCACUCUGAGUCCCCAGCCUGCUCCAGCUCACAGGCACCACACACCGUCCCAAACAAACACCCGGCCAUCAAUGAAACCGGGGUGCAGCAUUGCCAGACCGAUGGCCGUAGCAAGAGCAGUUUUACAACACUUGACAAAAUAGCAGCAAUUACAGUAACACUUCUGGCAGAAGAAAUGCUUCGAGGCUUCUGAGCAAUGACUAAAAGGCAUCCAUUGAAACAUUGUUAUGUAAAAAACAAAACAGUAUAUAUAUAUAUAUAUAUAUAUAUAUAUAUACAUAAAAAUAUAUUUGACUUCUUUAAUGGACUUUGACCUCUGUUUGGUGUGUUGUAGCCUUAUGCUGACCGGAGAUCUUUAAAGAAGUCAGACAUUAUUUUUACUUGUAAAUUUGUACAAAUCUAUCUCUUUCAAACUAAAACAUGGACUGGAGUUUAAGAUCAUCAAGUAUUUUGAUAAGUUAUUUCCUUUUGUCAACUAUGUGAAGGAUCCAUCCAUGCAGUCGAUGCAUGUAGCAACUUAUUUAUCAUGAGGUUUUAGUGCAACCGGACAUAGUUCAUCAGUAACAUUCUGUCAUUGCAGUUUUUGCUUUUUGGAAGGAUGUGGCAGGCAAUGUUAUUGAUUCAAAGUCAAGAAAAGGGUAUUGGACACUAUGAGCAUCAUUGCUGUUAUCACAUGGAUAAAUUGGAGAGAUCACUGAUAUGUAGGGCCUUAAACUUAAAGGAAUAAUUUUAAACAGUUAGGGAAAGUUUGUGUGUUGGAACUCUUGAUAUGGAUAAAAUGAGAAAAAAAUAACAAUUGUCAUGCUUAUAUGGUUGAAAGCUGAGGCUUGCAGCUGAUUAGCAUAGCCUAGAAAAAAGACUGAAUGUAGGGGGCAGAUUGCCUAGUGGUGUUAGGUACUUGGGUGGCCCCAAGUUCAAGCCUGACCUGCAGCUCCUUUCUUGCAUGUCUCUGCCCUAAUCUUUCAUCCCUAUUUCCUUCUUCUUCCUCAAAUAAAGGACAUCAAAAACAUCAGAAAUAUAUCUUAAAGGACAUCAACACAAGAAAACCUCAUGCACAGAUAGAAAAAUCUUCCUAAAAGCCCCACUAAAAGUCAUGAUUUAAUGCAUCAUAUCUGUUAUAAAAUCACACUUAGGAUUUGGUGCCCAAUAACUGUACAAUCAGCCUUUUUUAAGUAUUUAUUUGCCAAAUAUUUUCUUGCUUCUGGGCAGCAAUCAGUACAAUAUUAGGACUUUUUUGCCCCAUGAAAGUUAAUGAAACAGAGCUUGGUGUUUACCCCUGUUUCCUGUCUUUAUACAAAGAUAAGCUAACAAACUGGAGUCAUUUGCAUCUAUUGAACAGACAAAUAAAGAAUUGGUGUUUUACUUCGUCUCCACCUCUGAUAGAUAUUAGAUACACAUGCUAUCUACGUCAGUAGGCUCAGGGGCCAUAUCAGGGCCCCCAAGGCUCCCCAUCUGGCCACCAAAAGAUGAUUAAUGUGUGUUUGAAGAAGAUGUUGUUGGUUUUAGGGUAUAUUUUGUCUAUAAAUCACUAUAGCUAUCAAAUCAACCGCAGAAUGAUCAAGAAUGCAACAGUUUUAUCAAGAGUGACUGAACGUUGGAUCUGUUUUUCUCAGAAAUCCACCUGUCCAUGAUUAUUAGUAAAUAUGAUACAUGAUAAACACGCCAUUAGUCCAUGAUCAGUCCAGUCUGGAUUAAAUCUGCAAUUUUCUGUGUUAUGUUUCCACUUCAAACCCAGUGAUGGGCAGCCUCACAGCCUUGGAAAUAUGUAGUUACAAUAUUUCAAUCACCCUCUCAUAGGUGGCUGCUGUGAAGGCCUUAGGGACUGUUUUUACCAUGAAGGUCUAAAAAUUACGUGUGUUUUGAAAAAAAAUACAAAUGCUAAUGCAAUAAAAUGUUAUUUGGAUUAAAAUGUUUACACUACUUUAGUUAAUUUGAAAGUCUGCCCCCAAAGAAACUGUAAAGGCAAGAUCUGACCUUUGUACAAAUGGAUUAUUAAUUCCUUUAAUUGCAAACCUUUGUUGUCUUCCCUCCUCUGCUAAUAAGGAUAUUUUGAGGAUUAAUUUCCAGUGAUAAUGACAACUUAUCAUGAAAUCUCAUCUCUGUGAAAAAAAACAACAAAAACAUCCCCUUAUAAUUAUGGUGAAAUUAGAGAGGUGAAAACAGAAGUGUUGACUCUGUUGCAGUUUUAAAGUUUAUUAUGAUGUGGUAACAGCUCCAGAUGCUCACAUGUGCCCCACAUUUCCUCUUGUAAUCACUGAAACACUAUUAACUGAAUCCUAAAUAUGAAGGUCCCAUAUUGCAUGCAGCAUACUACCAUUUGCCUCACAAUACUACUUUCUAUCUAAUGUUCAUUGCCUGUCCUCAAGCCUUUCCUGCAGCUUUAAAACAUUUAACAGGCCAGGCUUACAUUUGUGAGGUCCUGCCAAAUUCUUUAAUUGUCCCAUAAACAUUUUUUUAUUAUAUUUCCCUUUUCUUUCACACAAUCAGCACUGGCUCACACAUGCAGUGCUGUUUUACUACCUUCCUGCAAUGGAAACGGCAAGAUCUUGAAACUUGACAUGGUUUAGAGGAAAAUCAGAUUUAAGUGCUUAAAUCUCCCCUUUGCAUAAGGUGCAGAAUUAGAUGAGGCUCUGUGUCGACAUGCUGACCCCUUAAUGAACCUCCUUUCUGCUCUGAACGACUGUACGUGCUUUGUUCCAGGCUCUCCUCUCUGAUUUUUUCUUUCUCCAAGCUUCUUUUGAGUCAUUCCUUUAAUUCCAGGCACUUAUUGUAAGUCCAGCUUUGAGAGAAACAUGGUGCACUUUACAGCACAGCCUUAUCAUCCUCUUAAAAGCAUGAAAACUAUUUCUACUCUGAAAUUCUUAUGGUGUGUUGGAGUAGAGUCGUUUCCCUCUAAUACUGGCCUAAUUAAACUUCAGAAGAGGUUGAAUCAUGAGCUCUCCACAGACUUAAUAAUUUUGUGUAAUUUCAUGCUUGUCUGUGUCUCCUGAGAGUCCCUUUUAGCCCAAAAACCUCUUUACGAAGUUGCCAAAAAACACAGAUGUGGCUUGAAAUCGACUGCAUUUCCACGUUUAUAAAUUUGGAUUAUGCUCUCUUCUGUCAGUGCAAGCCACUUAUUUGCCUUUGAGGGUCUUAAAUGCAUCUGUUAUUGAUAGUUUGUGUGCUGUGCAGUGCUGCUUUCUAAUUCAGGAGUUUCCUUAAGAGUGCAAUACCUAAUGUUAUGUAAAAUGUGACCUAACCUGAGAAAUUAGUGCUGACACUUUGGGCUAUAAUAUCUCAAAAUCAGAAUAAUGAUGGGUGCAUUGACCUCAUUAUAUGCUGAUUUGAUAGAAGUUUUAUGCACACUGUCAGUUAUAUGAGCAGUGUGGUGGAGCAAAUCAAAUGCCUUGAAAAAGAGAAACAUUCAAGGUCAAAUUUUAAACUUUUGAUCAGUUUAUUGAUUGAUGCUGUGGUCUUGCUUUAUAUCUGAAUGCUCACUCUAGUUCAAUGGUGCUCAACUUGUCUAGCCUCAAGAUCCAUCACCACUUCUUUAAUGAGACUUUGCACGCCAGACUUCUAUAAAUUAUCAACCACCCAAGUUUAUUAAAUGAAAAAUGUUCCAGCUUGGACUUUAGAUGGGACAGAACAUAUGAUUAAACAAAGACAGGGCAAGUAUGUUUAAAAGGGCACCGUUACAGAAGCCCUGGGCGGACAUGCAUGCAGGCAUUCUUUUUUUACUGUGUCCUGUUUUAACAUGUACACUUUGGUUGUUUUCCAGAGCAGAGGUUCCCAAAGUUGGGGUAAGGACCCCUCAAGGAGAGGCCAAGGGGUUUCUAGGGGGGUUGCAGAAACUUGGUGCAACAGGAAGGGGGACCCCCCUGGCCAAUCAGAAUCAAGUUAUAAGUGGCAUGGUUAUGUCAGAAAGUUGCUGCACUACUGAAAGCUAGCUAAUAACAUCAUUAUCAAAUUGAAAAUAUCUUAAAAGAGGCUUGACUAAAUAUGACUCUUCUCUAAUACCAGAUUUGCUUCUAAAACCAGCAGGUGUGAACCUGCGUACAUAAAGUAUGGCUUUACUGCAGCAAGUAAGAGUGGCUAAGAUAUGACAUAUUGAUGUAAUGACUUAAUAACAAGGGUUCAGUAAUUCUAAACAUUUUAUUUUAAAUAUUUAGAGAGGAUGAAUGUUUAUUUUUUGAAUUGUUGGGCUGUCAGAAUGUUCAAGUAAUUUGAGAAGAUGCCAGAUGUUAAAUGGGGGUCUCUAGCAUGACAAAGUCUGGGAACUCCUCUUCUAGUAAACUUCAAAAAUAAAUAAGUCUACAUCUGGGGAAAACAACCAAAAUUCACUUGUUAUCAAAGGAAAUUGAUUGAAAUAAAAUAUACAGUACCAUGCAGAACUUAUAAGCAUGUUUGGGCCAAAUAUUGAGGCAGAAGUAAGGUGUGUAAUGGCGAGCAAGCCUACCUGAGGGCACUGUUACUCAGAAGGGAGAAUUGACACAACCCCAGUCCUGGUCUGGAUGUCCUUUGAUGUAACUAUGCAUGUGCAUGUUGUCAACACCGUUAGGUGGAGUAAGUGGUGGAUGUGGCUAGUAAGCACAGCCAUUAGCAAGGGUUCCCAAACUUUUCAACCCCUGACCCUCAAAACAAUGUACCAGAGACCAGGGACCCCCACUGUUUCUGGAGGUGGUGAUAGCAUAAAAUAUUGCCCUAAGCAUUUAAAACUCAUUUAAAGGAUGUUUUUACAAUAGUUGAUAAAAUAUACCAAUUUAAACUACUGUAAUUUCUCGUUUUUUUUUAUAUAAAGCAUCCUGCAACCCCCACCCACCUUAGUGUCUCUUGAUCCCCAAAGGGGUCCCGACCCCAACUUUGGGAACCACUGGCCUUGGAUACCAGGAUACCAUCCAAGCGUGUUGUAAGGCUCCCACAAGCCCCUGGUUGGGCUGUGGAUGUUUCAAGGGCAAGAGAGGGUAAAGGCCCGGACAAAAGAAAUGCCCUUGAGCUUGACCUUGGCUGCCGCUCGACACACAUGUGUGGACAUAUCUGAGCUAGACUCUGCCAUCCAACAGCCCCAGAUUGUGACACAUCUGGCCCCAUGAUGAAUCUUUAUCAUCCUACAUGCCUUAAACUUAUGCACAUGACUGUAGAUGUAUGUCAUCUUAUGGCUUUUGUGUGCAUCAUAGAUUUCAUGACACUUUUUUUCCCCAGGCACACAUUUGUGACCCACUAGAACAACUCUGCCACCUUUUUUGGGUGCUGACCUCUAAGUUGAGAACCACUGAUCUAAAGGAACUCUGCAUAGUAACACAUAUUGCUACUUUUGAGCUAACAUUUAUGUUUUUUAUAUAUACGUUGUAUAAAUAAUGAUAGAUUUCUACAUUUUGGAGAAAUUUGAAAAUAUCUGGUGCACCUGUAGAUUACCCUUUUGUGUAAAACACUGAGGAUUGAUGUCACACAGCUGCAUUGUUCCUCCCCCUUUGGAGUGUCAUACUUAAAGGGGACAUACUUUACCCUUUUAAGACAAGUUUAUAUUGGUCUCAGAGGUUCCCAAAACAUGCCUGUGAAGUCUAUUGCUGAUAAAAACACUCUAGUAUUGGAUUUUUCCAUGUCUUAA